UCUCCAAACUCUGACAGUUUUCAUCUUGUGGUGAUGGAGGAGAGAUAUGAGCCAUUGAAGGAGCUUGGAUCAGGGAAUUUCGGAGUCGCUAGGCUGGUUAAAGAUAAGAACACCAAGGAGCUUCUUGCGGUCAAAUAUAUUGAGAGAGGAAAAAAGGUUGAUGAAAAUGUUCAGAGGGAAAUCAUUAACCACCGGUCUUUAAGACAUCCAAACAUAAUCAGGUUUAAAGAGGUUUUGGUGACUCCAACACAUUUAGCUAUUGUGAUGGAGUAUGCUGCCGGUGGUGAACUCUUCGAGCGAAUAUGCAGCGCAGGUCGAUUUAGCGAAGACGAAGCACGGUUUUUCUUCCAGCAGCUAAUAUCCGGAGUCAGCUACUGUCAUUCCAUGCAAAUUUGUCACAGGGAUUUGAAACUAGAGAACACACUCCUGGAUGGAAGUCCAAUGCCACGACUUAAAAUAUGCGACUUCGGAUACUCCAAGUCUUCAGUGCUGCAUUCACAACCAAAAUCAACUGUCGGAACACCGGCGUAUAUUGCCCCAGAAGUCCUAUCACGAAAGGAAUACGAUGGAGAGAUUGCAGAUGUUUGGUCCUGUGGUGUGACAUUAUAUGUGAUGUUGGUUGGAGCAUACCCUUUCGAGGAGCCCGAAGAUCCUCGGAAUUUCCGUAAGACCAUCAGUAGGAUAAUGAGUGUCCAAUACACUAUACCCGACUACGUACGGGUGUCCGCGGAUUGCCGACAUCUUCUUUCCCGUAUCUUCGUUGCCAAUCCUGCCAAGAGGAUUAGCAUCCCAGAGAUUAAGCAGCACCCUUGGUUUCUGAAAAAUUUACCGAAAGAACUGGUUGAGAUGGAGAAGACAAACUUUGCGGAAUCCGAACGUGACCAACCAUCUCAAAGCGUUGAAGAAGUGAUGCGGAUCAUACAAGAGGCUAAGACGGGAACCGCCCAAGGAGCCAAAGUUCGUGAACAUGGUGUCGUUGGUUCAUCCGACCCGGAUGAUGCUGAGGAGGAUUUAGAAUCCGAAAUCGAUGUCAGCUGUGACUUUGAUGCACCUGUGUAAGAACAUUAUGUUUAACUGUUUUGACAAGAUUUGUGCAUCAAGGUAUGUAGUUUCUUUGGGAUUAUUGUUUAGUGAUGCCUUUUUUUUUAUCAUACUGGAAAAUGGCGUACAGCAGACUGAGACUGGAUU